AUGGCUGCAGCUGGUUUUGUCAUUAGAAACCAUUCUGGCUCCCCUGUGGUGGCUGGAACUAGGAAGAUCGGCUCUACUACUGUUCUUGUGGCAGAGUGUAGCGCGCUCAAAGAUGGUCUCCUCCAUGCGCUGCAUCUCAACUGCUCUAACAUGCUAGUAGAGGGUGAUUCAAAGCUGGUGAUCGACUGUGUUAACAAGAUUAGUGACCCUCCUUGGAAAAUUCGUUCUCUUGUUCGUGACAUCCAAGACAUCUCUAGUAUGUUUGAGGAAAUCUCUUUCUCUCAUAUUCCACGUGAAGCAAAUUUUGUGGCUGACACAUUGGCCUCCCUUGGUCAUCAAUCUCUGGAUGCGAUUAUAUGGCGAGACAAACUUCCUCUUUUGGCUUGCUCGGCUUUUAAUUUAGACCAAUUUAAUUUUGGUGUAGUUGGAGGCUUUGUGUUGUAA